AUGGAAGUACAAGGCAGGAGAACUACACGAGCACUUUCAAAUGUCAACGAGAAUUUAGUGAAAAGAACAGCAGCUGGAAAAGACGCACAAUUGACGAGAAGACCAGCACUCAAGGAUCAACGGAAUGGAGCGAAUAUCCCGGCAGCUGAUCGCACAACAGGAAAACCGUUAGUAAAAGCCACUCGUUCCGUAGCUGCUAAGCCCACAGCAGCUCAUAAUGUCCAGAAAGAGGAAGUGGUCGUUGAUAAGGUCCACCCCGAGAUCAUCGGAAUAGAACGAGAGAUUCAAUUUGUGGAAUACUGUGACCAGGUUUAUCAGUAUCUUUUGGCUCAUGAAAAGAAAUCUCAGAUUGAGGAUGAGUUCAUGGUUCACUCUCCAUCUACUCCAAAAAUGCGCAGCAUCCUUGUUGAUUGGCUGAUACAGGUGCACACGCGCUUCCAUCUCUUGCCUGAAACUCUCCAUCUCACUAUUUAUCUCCUUGACAUUAUGUUGUCCAGAACGAAGGUUGACAAGAACGAGUUGCAGUUGGUUGGCGUAGCAAGCAUGUUGGUUGCAUCGAAAUAUGAGGAGAUGUAUGCACCAGACAUACACGACUUUGAGUACAUAACUGAUAAUGCGUACAAUAAAAAGAUGAUCUUAAAGAUGGAGGCGAAGAUCCUUAUUGCUGCUGAUUUCGAUCUCUCACGCCCACAUUCGCUCACGUUUUUGCGUUGGUUCAGCAAAGAACUGAAGUUCGGCAUGAGAAUGCACCACAUGGCCAAAUUUUUAAUAGAGAUGUCUUUCCUGGACGCCUCUCUAUCCUCAGUUUUGCCCUCCCGUACCGCGUGCGCUUGUACAUAUAUUGCUGCGAAGCUGUGUGAAUCGCCAUACGAUAGCGAUAAAAUGAGGAAAAUGACGGGUAUCACUUUGAAUGAAGCAAAAGAACUAGGAUCAAUAUUCGCAAAAGUGUUCCUGAGACUACACUCGUUACCGAAACUACUUGCUGUGCGUGAAAAGUACUCAUCUGCGAAGGUUUUGGCUGUCUCGCAGCUGUACGAUAGUGAUAUCAAAAUUCUCACCGAACUUUCAUUAUAG